AGUCCGCAAGACCAUGACACCACAGAUUAUCGAAGACGAUCAUUCGGAGGUGUCCGAGAUAUCAUGUUUCAAGCAGAACGACGACGCCGUCAAGCCCUCGAACCCUCCUCAAAACAUCGAUAGACCUGUUUUGCAAUCUUGGGAAGGCAACGAAUAUCUCGAGCACGAAGUCGCUGCGGUAUGCUUCAGCUCGUUGUCCAUUCCCACCUCUCUCGCCCACAGCGACUUCAUAGUACGCCCGAGCACACCUUGGCCAUUUGAAAGUCCGCAAAAUCGUAGAUCCCAGCACGGAAGAAUCAGAUCAGACGAUUCAGAGGAAGAGAUCAUCAUCACGACCCACAACAUCGACAGGAGCGGAAAGGCAAAAGGGAAGAGAGAUUGCAAUCCCAAUUCACGUAACGACUUUAAGCGCAAACAGUUUUCGGAUUGGUUGCAGAGUCAGCCUGAUGCUCAUGAUGACUGGGGAUUUACUUCGACGGGAUGCACACCUGUGUGCUUGUCGAGAUGUUCCUCGGCAGUGAACAUUGUCACUGCUGAUGGACAGAGUGCUGGAAAAUAGCCCUGUAACACGAUUGAAUCUAUACCAAACUUAACUUGAGAAUUCGGAUAUAUUCUGG